AUGGUCACCCCAGCUAUCAACGGCGAACAGCCGUUGAUCCCGGCCAGGAACAAGCUCGUCGAGCAAGUGAUCAGGACCCCCGGAAGACAGCCUUCGCCUCAGCCUACAUUGCUUGGAGUGCCUGGCGCAUCCAGCUCAAACCAGUCAUUACAUCGGAUCUUGUCGGACCACAGUUCUGGCUAUGUCGCCCCCAAGUUUGAGGGCAAGAAAGCCCAGAUGGAAGAAGUGAUGGACCUUAUCGAAGAGAAAGGCUUCCUACCCACCGAAUUCAUAGCGUCCGAAACCGAGUGGUUCUACAAUGCCCUGGGCAUCGACGACAUGUACUUUUCGACCGAGACAGCCGAAGCAGUGGCCAGCAACAUCCUCUCCUUGUACGCCGCAAAAUUGGCUGCAUAUGCCAGAGAUGACAAGAAGUUGGAAAUCAGGCUGGCUAAAGAGGCUGCUGACCACGCCGUUUAUAUCGAUACCAGCAAGCCUGGAGUCAGCAAUAUUGAUGGACCAGGAUUCGAGCAGAGGAUAGAUGAGAAGUAUGUGGACGGAUCUACCCCUGGCAGAAGCUACCGAGUGGAAUCCUUCAGGUCAACCAAUGCUCUGCCGGAGAACCCUGACGAGUCAUUGCGGUGUUAUUUCGUAUACCAGUGUCAAUUCAAGAACGCCGCCCCCAGACCAGACGAGACCGACCUUGAGGUCAUUGGUGAGAAGAGAUUUCUGCAAAAAGCAACACAGAAGACCAAAGAAAUCUAUCAGGAGAUUAUUACCUACGCUGUUCAGAGGACAGGCCCCGUGAUAGAGAUGUUUGAGAUGGAAGGCACGCGGGAAAAGAGAUUGGUCAUCGCAUAUCGGCAAGGGUCGGCCCUUGGUGUCUUCAGUGCCUUGUCCGAUCUGUACCACUACUACGGAAUCACAAGUUCGAGGAAGUAUGUCGAGCAAUUCUCGAACGGCAUCACGGUCAUCUCACUCUACCUCAAACCUGCCACCAAUGACAUUUCCAAGUCCAGGUAUCCUCCGAUUGAAGCAUCCAUUCACCAAAUCAUCAAGGAAGUCUCGUUGCUCUUCUGCAUACCACAGAACAAGCUGCAAGGGCAAUUUGCAAGCGGCAACCUGAGCUUGCAGGAAAGUAUCUACGCUCACUGCGUGCAUAUCUUUGUACAGCAGUUUCUCAAUCGCCUUGGGUCCGAAUACGCCUCUCUGGUGGCGGCGUUGAAAGGAGACAGCAACACCAAUAUAGAGCUGCUGUCGAAAAUCAAGAAACGUCUUCGGGAGGAGACUUUUACAGCCGACUACAUCCUCGAGAUUAUCAACAAAUAUCCCGGGUUGAUUCGUUCGCUCUACCUCUCAUUUGCCAAUACGCAUUAUGUCCAGACCAGAGGUGACCAAGAUGAUUUUCUCCCUACGCUCAGCUACCUGCGGUUGAACGUCGACCAGGUCCUCGAUGACUCAAGUCUGGCUGAAAUGAUAUCCCAGACCGUCACCAAUCAGCAUGACGAAAUGGUCAUGCAAUCCUUCUUGACUUUCAACAAGGCAGUCCUGAAGACCAACUUUUACACCCCAACAAAGGUCGCGCUCAGUUUCAGACUCAACCCAAGCACAGAAUUCCUGCCUGAGCAUGAAUAUCCUCAACCGCUGUACGGCAUGUUUCUGGUCAUCGGCUCGGAGUUCCGAGGUUUCCACCUGCGGUUCCGCGACAUUGCUCGUGGCGGCAUCCGAAUUGUCAAGUCCCGUAACAAGGAACUAUACGCAAUCAACGCUCGAACACAAUUCGACGAGAACUACAACCUUGCAAAUACUCAACAGAGGAAAAACAAGGAUAUCCCCGAGGGCGGAUCCAAAGGUGUUAUUCUGCUCGACUUCAACCAUCAAGACAAAGUCCGGGUGGCCUUUGAGAAAUACAUUGACAGCAUCAUGGACCUUCUUCUGCCUCCAACCAGCCCUGGCAUCAAAGACCCGAUCGUCGACCUUUACGGACAAGAAGAGAUCCUGUUCAUGGGCCCUGAUGAGAAUACUGCUGAUCUUGUUGACUGGGCGACAGAACAUGCACGCAACCGAGGGGCACCAUGGUGGAAGUCUUUCUUCACCGGUAAGAGUCCCAAACUAGGUGGUAUACCACAUGACGCGUACGGAAUGACCACCCUAUCGGUCCGCGAGUAUGUGCUUGGAAUCUAUCGCGAGUUGAACCUGGAUCCAAGCAGAAUCAGGAAGCUACAAACCGGUGGUCCUGAUGGAGAUUUGGGAUCCAAUGAGAUCCUUCUCAGCAACGAGAAGUACAUCGCUCUCGUUGAUGGGUCGGGUGUUUUGGUCGAUCCUGCCGGCUUGGACCGCGACGAACUUUUACGCCUCGCUAAGAAGCGGGCGAUGAUCCAGGAAUACGACCUGUCGAAACUCUCACCCCAAGGUUAUCGAGUUCUGGUGGAGGAUUCCAAUAUCACCCUACCCACAGGCGAGAAAGUCCACAACGGCAUGACGUUCCGAAACACAUUCCAUCUCCGGGAUGGUACACAGUACGACCUCUUCGUUCCCUGCGGUGGCCGUCCGGAGUCUAUUGAUCUGUCGGCAACGAACAAACUGAUUGUUGACGGCAAAAGCACCAUCCCGUACAUUGUCGAAGGCGCCAAUCUUUUCAUCACCCAAGAUGCCAAACUUCGCCUCGAAAAGGCAGGCUGUAUAAUAUACAAAGACGCCUCGGCGAACAAGGGUGGCGUAACCUCCUCGUCUCUCGAGGUCCUGGCUAGUCUAUCCUUCGAUGACAAAGGUUUCAUCGAGAACAUGUGCGUCCACCCUGACGGCACCGCCCCGGAAUUCUACGGCGCCUACGUCAAGGAAGUACAAGAGACUAUCAAGCGUAACGCCCGCCUUGAAUUCGAAGCCAUCUGGCGCGAGCACGCCAAGACUGGCGUCCUUCGCUCCCGACUCUCCGACCAGCUCUCCCUGGCCAUCACUAAGCUCGACGAAGAGCUGCAGAACUACAACGACCUGUGGGACAAUGAGCCUUUACGCGUGGCCGUCUUCCAGGAAGCUCUCCCCAAGACGCUGCAGCACAAAGUCGGCCUUGACAAGAUCCUCGAACGCGUACCGGAGAAAUACCUCAAGGCCAUCUUUGGCAGUUACUUGGCGAGUCGCUUUGUUUACGAGUACGGCGCUAGCCCCAGUCAAUUCGCUUUCUUUGAUUUCAUGAGGAAGAGGCUGGCGGGAGCGAUGACGAACAGUCAGUGA